UGUGCAGCAUUUAGGAUGGAUUCCCAUGGAAGUCAAUGCACCUGUAGUGCCCAUCGCUCAACACCAAGCGUCCAUCAAACCCUGGAGGAGAUGGACUUUGAGAGAGGUAUUUGGUCAGCUGCAAUGGAUGGAGAUGUGGAGAGAGUCAGGGCGUUGAUUAAAAAAGGAAUUGAUCCAAAUAUGAGGGACCAGGCACACUACACUGCUUUGCAUUAUGCCAGUCGAGCAGGUCAUCUGUCAGUGUGUGAGUUACUCCUGGACAGUGGCGCUUGUGUGAAUGCACAGACUCGUGGCGGGGCGACACCACUUCAUAGGGCGUCUUACUGCGGACACCACAGUGUGCUCAAGCUACUGUUGGACCGUGGGGCCGAUCCAUGUCUGACUGAUGAUGAUGGAUCAACACCACUUCAUAAGGCUGCUGAAAGGAGGCAUUUCACGGUUUGUGAGCUGUUGGCGAAACGCUUCCCGGCCUUGCGAGUUGUGAAGGAUAAAAGAUCAUGCAUACCUUUCGAUCUCUGUCCAGAGAAGGACAGAGUUUGGGAGUUCCUGAGACCAUCACAAUGA